UUUGCAAAACCCGAUCCCGAGCUUUUGCCGGGUGUUCGUUACGGUGCUUGCCUGUUUGUGACCUGCCUCGUCAGCGCGGUGUGUGUGCAGCACCUCUGUGUGGACUGUAUCAUCUUUUGAGCACUCUGUGUGACUUCCCUAUUUGACACUGCAUUUCUUUUUUGAAUAAGGACGCAACAGGAAGAAGACACGAAGAACGAGUCAGAGAAUGUCACUUGUUAUCUCUCGGACUCCCUCCAAAAAGCAUUUUUCCGUCAUCGUCAAACACGGUCGUCAUCUCGCUUGACUACCUGGAGAUGACGUAGAUCGGCCCUAUGCGCCGCCAGCCGUAGGUUGACUCGCCUGUGUCGAUUUUUUCCGACUUCUUCGUAGCGACAGCUCCUCUGGCUUUUUGAUGUUCCGCGCAGAAUCGCCUAUUCUCCCUUUUGUUCCUGUUUUCCUCAGGGCCGCGGCGCGCGCCUCACCCGUAGCUUGCAAGAGGGGGAAACAGCAAUAAGCCCGGAUGGGAGAAAAUAUGGCGCCUAAGGGAUGUGACAAGAGGUCAGCAGCGUGCACAGGAAGGCAGGAAGUUGGGACGAGAGAGGCGCAUCCCCCGUUGUCGGCAAACGGAGACGGUGGACGCAGAUGGCAUGCAAGAAGGAGGACACACGCAAGAGAGGAGGCGAAAGAGCAAGCUGCCGCCGCAGCCGUUGCCACUGCCGCACCUGCAGUCCUCGCAGGGGGAUCUGUAGGAGAGAAGGGAGCCGACUCAAGUUGCCAUGCGUCUGAGGCUUCUGGCGCCCGAUGGACAGAUGGUAGCGCGUCGGUGGGUUCCCGUGAGACUGGAAUCGACAAGCCACGGUCUGGCCCAGACGAGGGAGGAAACAAAGUGCUGGAGAGACAGGAGGGAGAGCACUCGGAAGCUGGGAGAGCGCGAGUGUGUAAGGCUACGGCGAGUUGGACAAAGGUUCGAGAUGCGCGAACAACGCAAGCAGACGGGCGGCGCUGUACGGGAGUCAGCGGACAGUCCAGCUGCGAGGCCUCAACGAAAAAAAGAGAAGAUAAGGAGCCGGGGACAGGAGCGACUACAGCUCGGGGGCUAAUGAAGUCAAGCAACGCCGCCCGGGUGACGCUCAACGAGAGAGGAGGCAAAACUGCGACGGCAACCGGUGGACGCCCUUAUUCUCCGUCCGCCCUGUCCGGUCCUUCCUGUGAGCCUCGCACACUGUCCUCUGUGUCUUCUGUUCCACCGCCGACCUCAGACCGUACCCACUCUCAUGUCACUCACGUUUCAUCGCCUCUCGGACCGUCUUCGUCCUCUUCCUCACCCCUUCCUGGUGCUCGCAAACCCACUGCAUGCGGCCACCUGGGGAGUCAUUCCCCGGCCGGAUCACCCGCUGGAUCCUUUCGCCUGGCUUCGUCGUCUUCGUGCGAUGUGCCUUUGUCGCCUUCGAGUCAGCCUUUCUUCGGUGUUUCGUCUUCUUCGGCAUCGGCCUUCUCGUCCGAGUUGUCUUCGUCUGCACCUGCUUCUGACUCUCCUUGUCCAGCGACGGAGGCCUGUCGCCAGCCUGGCCAGCCCCAGGAAGGUGGACAGGCCCCACCAGUGUCCCUCACUUCUUCAGGGCCUCUCACUUCUCUUUCAUCAUUCGGCCUGGCUGCCGCUCCCUCCUCGCCUUCGGGUUCAGCUGCUGGUCCGAGAGGAGGACGCGCAGCUACGUCGUCUUUCUCUGUAUGUUCGUCAUCGUCUUCCACGUCUGCAGGGGAGGAGCCGCCCCUUCUCCCUAGUUUGCGAAAAGAGCUCACCUGCUCCAUCUGCCUCGAGCUCCUCCAGCUCCCCGUCACUAUCAACUGUGGGCACACAUUUUGCCGUUACUGCAUCAGCCACAACAAGAUGAGUCGUCGCUCCUGUCCGCUGUGUCGCCAGCCUCUGAGUCUGUCUUCUCUUUCGAUCAAUACGGUUCUCGCGAACCUCCUGACACUGCUGGGCGUGCGCCGAGGCAAAAAAGGCGGCUUCUCCGCUGUGGCUCUUCUUGCCAAAGGGCCAGGUGCUCCACAGGGCCAGCUGGAACCAAACACGAGCACCGCGUCAAGGGGGACGCAUGAUGCUGGCGCCGGAAGCUCGCUAGCCGCCGAAGGAUCCCCGAGGCCAGAAACCAGGCGAGAAACGGCUGACGUGUGCCUGACCUCUCCGAACCUGAUGCGGUCGGGGCUGGUGAUAGCAAAGCAGAGAGAGAGAACGAGUGCAUCGCUCUCCCUCGUCGAUGACCAGGACAAGGCACCCUCCAACCCCAAGGAGACAGAAGCCACGGAACCUGCCCAGGCCCUCUCUUUACCAUCAGCUGCGGCGGGCACCCCGACGCCGGGAUCUCCCCCCGUCGCAGGGUCGACAGCAGACGGCCGGACCGAGACUCCGGUCUCUACUCGACCCCCAACCGCCGCCUGGUGGGCGGAGUCCUUCGUGAAGCCGAAGCUCGCGAUGCCGCUUGUGUUGCGGCUGCUCCUGCGGGACUUGGGCGAGGACAGCGUGAUCUUCUUCGACGACCUCGUUGGGUGCGUCGUGGAGGAGUUCGAGAAGCGGAGUUUGUGGAGCGCAGAGAAGUGGCUCUUCACUCUGCAGGAUCUGGAGACCUUCGCCCAGCUUGUCCGCUUCGACCGCGACGAUCGCCAGACCUCCCUCGAGCGGAUUCGUUCCUGGGUCGAGGACUACGUGACUGCGGCGCCAAGCGUCUGCUGCCGGCGGUUCAUCACGGACCCGGUCAGCGGGUGCCACGGCCGAAUCGUCAUGCGCGUGCUCGCAGACCCUCAACACAAAAUCGAGUCGCGGGUCGUAGACUCGGCAGACAUCCGGCACUCGCUGCCCUGGGACCUCGGUCGUCACCACCAGUCUCUCAUCCACAUUCCUCACUCGUCUGUUUCUCUGUCACACCUGCAACUUCUGAGGCAGCCCAGCGCCGACGCUGACCAGCUCGCUGUCCUCGACUUGGGCUCCACCAUCGGCACCAUGCUUCUGAUUGAUGGCACGCAUGCAUUGCAGUCUGGAGAUGUGAUCCACAUUGGCGACCGCAUCGAGAUUGCUGUCGAUGUUGUUCCUGCGCGUCUGUUUCGGCGGCUGGAGAGGCGGCGACAGAGGCAGAGGACUGUGAACCGUGAAGCGGGCCGCCACGGCUCUGGCCUCGCCCCUCCCACGGAACUCGCUCUUUCAGGUCGAGAAGAUGGCGAAGGCGACACCUGCAGGAGACAGGUGUACCGUGGCCAGCUCCGGUUUGAUCGAGGGUGGAUAAGUUCAUCAGGUCGCGCAGUGCCUGACAGAUGCCCCCACGAAGAGCUUUAUGAAUGCUCGGCUUCCUCUGGUUCUGACAAAGUGUUCGGCGCGAGGGGUGUCUCAAGGGGUUCAGAGGCGAGAGGCAUAGAUAUCCCAGGAGACGCAGUCGAGUGUGGCAGCGAGCGCCUGGGUCUGGAACAAGGCCUGCCCUUGUGCUCCCCCUACUCGUCUCUUUUCGAGGCGCGGAGUAAAAAAACGCUAACGAAAAGCCGAGACAAACGUCGGGAGGAACGGGCCUCCAGAAGAGCCGCUCGUCGCCAGUGGCAGAGACCCGGAAAGACGCCAGGCACUCGUUCAGGGACAAAGACCAGCGAUUGGGGAAGGGAUGGAGAACGCGAGGACGCUAACGCAGAGAAUCGAAGGCUCCUCAAACUUCUCGAUAUCGUUCCACCCAACCCCUUUCUCGACAUGCAGUGGAAUCGGCCCCGACGCGAGUGCCAACGUGUCCAGCCACUGCCUGUCGAAGCUCCGCUGUCGAGGAGAUCCCCUCACAGACACGGAGCGCGGGAGACGGAGCAUGGCUGCCUGGGAGCUGAGUCGUGCUCGCAAAUCCAGCGUCGAUCGCAUUCAUAUCUGCCCGUUUCUCGUGAAGACGCUCGUCUCCUUCCUUGGGUUACAGCCCCGCCGAGACAAGGAGACAUGACCGUCUGUCGCUUACCCUCUACGUCUCCUUCACACGGGUCCUCCCCCGUCUGUGCCGCCUCGCACUUCACAGCCUCGUCCCCUCCUGCCUCGCCUGAAGAGCCGCUCAGCAGUUGCGGCCCAUUUCUCUUGCGGCGUGGGAGUCAGGGUGAAGACACCGAGAAAGAGGCACCCGCGACCUCCGUCGUGCACCAGGAACUCGCUGGCUUUCCCGCGGGCGGCGCGGAGAAGCGAGAUGCCUCGGAGGAUGCCGGCAGCGUCCCCGGAUCUUGGGGAGCGCAAACGCAGUCGAGACUCGACGCUUCGCCUUCGAUAGCCAGCGCUUCUUUCUCUUCGCAUCCACCGCGGCGGACCCUGCCAGAGGAGGGCCUCUACCGACCGGACGUCUCUGAGCGUUCAGCAGGGUGGGGUGAGGGAGAGCAGGAAACCGCGGAGACACAGUCAGGAAGCGAUCGACGAGAAGGCGAAGAAGAACCAACAAUUGCGCCUGCUCUGAACCAGCCAGAGGGGACAGCUCGUGCUCUCAGCGGCCCUGGCGGGACAUCUGUGCCAGUCGUGGCUCUUCCUCGACUUCCUCUCAGCUGCGCGGGGAUGCCUCAACAUUUCGAGAGGUUUCGGUCUUCCACAGAUGGCGAGCACGGAGCUGCUUCAGACAUCGCAUCCUCUCACUGCGCGCGUCUUUCGUCUACAAGGGACCACUGUAGCGGCUCGCACUGUCUCGCCCCGAAGCGAGGAGACGCCGCGGCGCACGGCGACGGGGAAGCGACCGGGAGAACAGAGCGAACGCUACAGAAAGGAACGAGAGGGAAGGGCGGUGAAGCGCGAGACUUUUUCAGUAGCCGAGGACCUGCGGAGGCGGACCUGCCUCUUCCGGUGCUCUUUCGGAGUCCUUCUGCACCUCUGGCCGGCGCCUCGGCUGUAUACGAGAGAACCGCAGACACCUGCCACAUUUCGUCUCCGCGCCGGGAGGUUCAUCGCUCGUCUCUGCCGCUGCCGUGCCUCUCGCGAGACCUGACACAAAACGAAGAUUGUGACGACUGGCUCGACUCCGAAGAGAGCGAAGCGGACUUGAGCGACGAGAGCUCUCACGACGGUUGCAGCGACCUGGUGGAUUCUGGAGAGACGGAACCUCUAGACUCGUUUCUUCUUCUCCGGAUAACUGACGGGUCGACAGGCGCCACGGGGCCUGCCGCUUCGCACCCACCUUCUGCCUCUCCGGGAGGCGAAGAUGCAGGCGAGCGAACGCGCAACGAGACCAGUUUACAAGCAGAGGGAGAUGGAGACUUUGUGAAAGAAGAAAGGAAAACUAGUAAAGUCUUGAGUCUGCUGCCGCCGGGGUACUGCGAGUGGGCGCCGCCCACGGGCGUUGUCCUAGGGAGGGGUCCGCACAACCCGUUACGGGACUUCAAAAAGAUCGCCGUGACGGCGAACAACGGCUACAUCAGUCGCGUGCACUGUCUUAUUUACUACGACGGCUCUCGCCCGCGGCACCAGCGCUGGGUGUUGAAGGACGCGAGCACGCUCGGGACGUAUUUGCGUCUCAAGCCUUUCGAGCCGCAUCCUUGCCCUCUGACACCGAAGUGCAUUUUGAAAGUCGGGCAGUGCAAAGUGGAGAUUUCGCUGCGGGGUGCGGCUUCCCCGUGUCCAGUUCCUUCACCUAUCAACGGCGCUGUUUCGAUCAGGACCCUGAGCCCGAGGAGCCGAGGCGCCCAUCUGGUUUCGUUGUCUUCUCUCUCAAAUUCACCUGCUUCCCUCACACCCUCCGCGGGCUGCUCCACCAUUCCCCCGCCAUCUUCAAGUGCACCACCACGUUCAAGGAUCCUACCAUCUUCCAGGACGUUGCCACCUUGUAUACCCGCGCCACCUUCGAGCGCCGACCGUCCGUUCGCUGGCUCGUCACAUGAGGGCACGUCUUUCACUUUCUCAUCGAAUCCUCUCUCGCAUGCGGGAUCGGCUUCCGACGGCCAGGUGGCGUCUCCGCAACACCAGUUUGCUUCUCAUUUCCGCCUGGCACCGCUCCUUGACCCCGCGUCGCAGGAAGACGCUGAUGCGAGCGACCCUCGCAGGACCGAAAAAGCGUCAGCGCCUUCCUCGUCUUGCGGACGUGGCGCUGGUUCGCACGCACAAAUGUCCAAGGGUGUUCCUGCCUCAGCGCCCCCAUCGCUCACUGCGUCGGGGCCGCCUGUCUUCGCGGGUGCAUCAUUUGCGACGAGGUGGGCUCUGUCUCGUUCUUCGUCAGUCGAACUGUUUCCUGGCCACCUCGGAGUCGGAAGCCGGGGACAGUGGACCGGCCCGUCGCCUCCGUCUUCUAGGCCCGUGACACCGUCGAGCUCUCUCACGCUUCUGCCAUCCGGCCAGCAUCUGCCGAGAGAAUCGGAAUUCGCGUCUUCGCAGUCCUGUCAACCGCUUUCGUCUGCUUGCCAAAACACUGGCCCUCUGCCGGUGGUGUCCUCGUGUGCCUCCGUCGUCACUCACAGCACGGCGGGCCCCGGUUUCCAAGCGAACACGCACGGCGCCCAAAGUCAGUUCUACGCGAGAGACCAAGAGAGCGGAGGCGGCCCUUUUCCGCUUGAGCUGCCUUCCUCUCCGGUCUCCUCAGGGGGGUUGCGCGUGUUGACGAUCGCAUCUUCUGCGGGCUGUUCUUCUUCGGCUUUCACUCCGCCUUGAUGUAUGUGCCUGAGUACAUAUUUCGACGCAGAAAAUGACAUAAGUUAUCGUCGAACGGAUUGUACUUCUUUGGCGUCGCAGGCCCGCGAAGCUGCACUUCGAGCAGUCGGUGUCCAGCUACCGCCUAAGUCGAUCUGUGUUGGCAAUUCUGGACUUGGUUAUUGUCUCCGUAUACUUACUGCCCCUCCUUCGUCGGUGUGCACGACUAGUGCGGAGACACAGCGGCGGCUGUGGUUAAAGCCGACCAGCCGCGUGGCCAGGCUCCAGUGAAUGCGGUGUUGUGAGCGAGGAGAUCCGGCGUAGCACCAGAAGGACGCCUUCCCACCGCGAGAAGAAUAGUCAUGAAAACGCGGCUCCAGUCUCCACCUCCGAAAGGGGUAAAGAAGGAACGCGCGGGAGUACGGCUUUUUGCAGAAGUCAUGGUGGACACGAAAGGCCCUGCCGAAAGAAAGUGUGCCGCAGCAGUUCUUCAGUAAGGGUCGGCGAUCCUCUCGCAUCAGGACGACCCCCAAAAACACUCGCAGGCGAGGCAGGCAUCCUGUACACGCAAGAGCAGGAGCGGACAAGAGACAGGGGGGAGGGAUCUUGAUGACAGCGAGGAGUGGAAAGAGGAACGCUGCUGAGAAAGGCGGUUUUCAAAUGCUGCAAGAAUGUGAAGAACGGGAGAAACCAAAGGUCACGCUCAGCGUCUGUCGUGUUUUCACUCCCUCUUCUUUGAAAGGAAAGAUUGAGCCUCUCAUUCUCUCUGCAUCCGGGAUGAUUUUUAAUCGUGGCAAGAGUCGCGAUUCGUUAAGGAGACCGCCAACGGGAACAAUAUGGUUCCACAACCGUCUGCUAACAGCAGUGUGUGUGACUUGUCUUUCACCAGCCUCCAUUUUCGUUGACACUCCUUUAGCGCCGUGUCACACCACGGUGCACGAAUCCCCAUAGAUGAGGAAGAACUUUGGCGGCAAAAGGUACCAUCUGACUCUAAGGGGGUCGCGAAUUUCCCCCGGCAUUGAGGGGUGGCCCGUACCAUGUACACAGGCACGAAGGGAAUACGGAAGUUUGAAAACUUGUGGCUGUUUUCUUUCUCUGAGUAUCACUUCUCUGACGGCGACUUGGAAAUGAUAUGGAGGACUAUUGUUCUCAAGGAAGUCGCAGGAGAAUAUGAAUAUUUGCAAGCCAGUCUCCGUGGGUAGGCUAGCAUAUGGGGACGACUAUCGACAGUAUGAGACCCUCAGACACUGGUAUCGCGCUGCUUCCUUCCGACUUUUUCCCUUGUUUCUUCAUGUGGUUUGCUCUCUCGGAGCACAGUUUUAUUUCAUCUGCCCAUCUCUGGCGUUACGCAUGUUGCGCGAGCUCCAUUCUCUCUAUUUAUCUGGCUCGAUCUUUUCUUGAUGCUGUUACACAGUGAAAACGUGAUGAAGCAGAGGUGCGGAGGCCAAUGAUUCUGUUAUUCGUCUUUUUUUUCGGCAACUCCUGUGGCAUGUGCAUUGGCAACACUAGCGCCUUUGUUCACAAACCGUGGGCAACAAGAGACGCGCAACUGAACGCCAGUAGAGCGUCGUUUAACAGCUCUCGAGCUACCUGUUAUCCACCAGAGCAGUUUGUGCGAAUGCCGGCUUUGCAAAAAGGAGCAGUUGUGCAGCUGUCUUCACUUGCUCUCUGUCUCGCAUUUCAUGUGCAUGGUUUUCGUGUCCAUGCUGUCCGUUAUCUGGCAGAGUGACCAGCUUCUGCCCUCUUCUCUGCCUUCUGCACUUCUUUGUUACGAACUGUAAACGAUCGGGUAACAGGUACUUCUAUACACUCGCGAUGGCUCUUACCUUUUUAGUAAAAUACGGACGCAGGCUAACGCUCACUGGGUAACGCUUAGGUGUUUUUUUAUCUCGUUUGCUAGGUAUGCAUGAUACUUCCUCCAUCAUGGCUCGCAAACUC